AUUUAGGAUUUCGCAACACGAUUUCUCCACGUUUUGUUUAUAUUUUUAGCAUAUUGAAAUGUAGAUUUCAAUUCUCCACAUCACAGCAAACCAGUGCCACUCUCUUCACAGCAAACCAGUGCCACUCUCUUCACAGCAAACCAGUUCCACUCUCUUAUAAACUUAGAAAAAAAUGAAGACCUUAGAUACUAAAGCCCUGUCGGAAUUACAGAAGAAGCCUGCCUGUAUAAGAAACAUUUGCAUUUUAGCACAUGUUGAUCAUGGGAAAACAACACUUGCUGACAGUUUGGUGGCUAGUAAUGGAAUUAUCUCUCAACGAAUGGCUGGAAAGCUUAGAUACAUGGACAGUAGAGAGGAUGAACAGAUACGAGGGAUUACAAUGAAGUCAAGUGCAAUAUCUCUGAUGUAUAAACACUGUGACAAUGAUUAUCUUGUUAAUCUGAUUGACUCACCUGGACACGUAGAUUUCUCCAGUGAAGUUUCAACAGCUGUCCGACUCUGUGAUGGAGCCAUUGUUGUAGUUGAUGUUGUAGAAGGGGUGUGUCCACAGACACAUGCAGUACUAAGGCAGGCUUGGUUGGAGAACAUCAAACCAAUUCUUGUGUUGAAUAAGAUAGACAGAUUAAUAGCUGAAUUAAAGAUGGAUCCGCUAGAAGCAUUUUAUCAAUUGCAACAAACAUUGGAACAGGUUAACCUAGUGACCAGUGAGUUGUUUACAUCUGAAAUUAUGGAGAAAACUUCAAAUCAAACUAAUGGUAAUGAUAACAUGGACGAAUUUCAGUCACAUGACACUACAAGUACAUUUGAAGACACAGAGAAAGAAAGAAACAUUUUCUUCUCACCAGACCAAGGAAAUGUAAUUUUCGCCAGUGCUGUAGAUGGUUGGGGAUUUACAUGUGGGCAGUUUGCCAAGUUAUUUUCCAAGAAAACUGGUAUCAAUAAGGAUGUCUUAUUAAAGACGCUUUGGGGAGAUUACUUCUUGAAUUCCAAAACCAAAAGGAUUAUGAAAGGUGCACAGGCCAAAGGAAAGAAACCAAUGUUUGUACAGAUAGUUUUGGAGAAUAUAUGGUCUGUGUAUGAAGCUGUUUAUGUUAGAAAAGAUAAAGACAUGAUAGAGAAGAUAGUUAACUCCCUUGAUUUGAAGGUGUCACCACGAGACAUAAAACACAAUGAUCCUAAAGUACAGAUAAAAGCAAUUACUACACAGUGGCUCCCUCUAUCAGAUGCUGUCUUAGGAGCUGUUGUAGAAAAACUACCAUCUCCACUCCAGAUAACAGAAGACCGGAUAGAAAAAUUAAUGUGUCCUCAUGGGAAAAGAUUUGAUAAACUUCCUCAGGAAACUCAACAGCUAAAAGAAGAUUUUAUGAAGUGUGUAGCCACAGAAGAGGCCCCAGUGAUAGUAUUUGUAUCUAAGAUGUUUCCGGUAGAAAGAACUGAUUUGCCACAGAAUAAACAGAGACCUCUUACAGAUGAAGACAUUCAAAAAAGAAGAGAACAGGCAAGACUAAGACAUGCAGAGAGAAUGGCUACAACAUCUGAUAAUAGAACGACAACACCAUCAGAUAGUGUAGAAAAGAUAGAACAACCUACUGUGUCAAGGAACAUAGAAGAAGAGGAUAUAUCUGAUAAAGAAUCUCCUGUUGGUUCUGACACAGAACCUGAACCAGACCAAACAUUUAUAGCUUUUGCCAGAGUAAUGAGUGGUGUUGUAAAGAGAGGUCAGAAGUUGUAUGUCCUAGGACCUAAACAUGAUCCAGAAUUAGCUUUAAAAGAGGAAGCUUCAGGACACCAGAUAGAUGAUACCUUAUCUAUAAAAGAUUUGAGUAGUGACAGACAUAUAACAGUAGCCACAGUUAGAGAUGUUUACCUUUUCAUGGGAAGAGAACUAGAACUCAUGGAUAGUAUUCCUGCAGGGAAUGUACUUGGUAUAGGUGGAUUAGAGGACCAUAUCUUAAAGUCUGGUACAGUAUCCAGCACUGUAGCCUGCCCUGCCUUUACAGACUUGUACUUUGAUGCUUCACCAAUUGUAAGAGUGGCUUUAGAGCCAAAACAUGCUGUUGAUAUGAAGAAACUUGUACAAGGAUUAAAAUUAUUAAACCAGGCUGAUCCUUGCGUCCAAGUCAUGGUACAAGAAACUGGAGAACAUGUGAUUGUCACAGCUGGAGAGGUCCAUCUACAAAGAUGUGUAGAUGACCUGAAAGAGCGGUAUGCCAAGAUAGAGUUGAAUGUAUCAGAAGCUAUCGUACCAUUCCGAGAAACAAUCAUAAUUCCUCCAAAGAUUGACAUGGUGAAUGAAGUUAUACAGGAUACCAAUGUUGUUAUUAAGACUAGCAGGAUGAAGGAAUUUGAAGAUGAUGAAGAGGUUAUAAAGCCAGGACUUAUUCAGACUUACACAACUAAUAAGAAAUGUUGUGUUGUAAUCAGAGCUCAGCCUCUUCCUGAUGAUAUUACCAAACUAUUAGAAGAUAGCAUGGACCUACUGAAAAUGUUAGAUCAUCUAAACAAAACAUCAGACAUUGUCAGUUUAAAUCUAUCAAUACAGGAAGGAAUCAAAGAUUUUAAAUCUAAACUUGGCAAAAUUUUUGAUGAAUCUGGAAAAUUUUGGAGAGGUGCUAUUGACCAGAUAUGGGCUUUUGGUCCAAGGAGGGUUGGACCAAAUUUGUUAUUAAAUAGAAUUCCAGAAUACAUUAGACAGACUGUGUGGACAUGUUUAGAUAAUGAGUCUGAAGGAAAUGGUGAAUUGUGGGACCUUGACAAUAGUUUUGUUAGUGGAUUUCAAAUAGCAACAUUGUCUGGACCUCUUUGUGAGGAACCAAUGAGAGGAGUUUGUUUUGUUAUUGAAAAAUGGGAAAUGAUGAAUGAGACAGAAAAAUCUAAAGAUAUUGUAGAAAAAGAAAGUCAUAUACAAAAUGAAAGUAGAUCUGAAUGUUCUAAAACUUCUGUAAAUGAUUGUGAUAUAGAUAAUAUACAAAAGUUAACAUCUAAGAUAGAUUUGGGAAAUAAAUGUAACAGUGAUAAUGAAGCAUCUUGUUAUAAAAUAAAAGAUUCUGUAGCUAGAGAGAAAACAGAGACUUAUGGUCAAUUCUCAGGACAGUUAAUAUCGUGUAUCAAAGACGGCUGCCGUAAAGCAUUCCAAACCCAGUCUCAAAGAUUAGUGGUGGCAAUGUACAAAUGUAAUAUACAGGCUACAGCUGAGGUUUUAGGUAAGCUAUUUGCUGUUCUGGGUAAAAGAAAUGGACGAGUUAUUGAAGACGAAAUGAGGGAAGGGUCACAAAUAUUUAACAUUAUUGCUGCACUACCUGUUGUAGAGAGUUUUGGAUUUGCUGAUGAUAUUAGAAAGAAAACAAGUGGGUUAGCUAGCCCACAGCUAAUGUUUAGUCACUGGGAGGUAGUAGAUAUUGAUCCAUUCUGGGUACCUACAACAGAGGAGGAAUAUCUUCAUUAUGGAGAGAAAGCAGACUCAGAAAACAGAGCACAUCACUACAUGAAUGCUGUACGAAAAAGGAAAGGACUAAAACUGGAUAAGAAAAUCGUUGAACAUGCUGAGAAACAGCGGACAUUAACUAAGAUGAAGUGAACCUUAUGUCCUCACACAAAAACUUUUGAUCAGGCUAUGACACAGGAUUGGAAUGCUGUACGCUAACUGAAAGACUUUACAUAUGCAGAAAACAGAGGGCUCGUUUUUUAAUUGAUCUCACUUAUUACAAACAAUUUGAUAUUUAGAUUUUAAAAUUCAUGUACUAAAUUUUUAUUUUCUAACUUAUUAAAAUUUUAUGAACUACAA